CAUUCCAUAGCAUCAGCUUUAAUGAAAAGUAUUAAAACAUGGUCCAGCCUGCUGGGUCAGCAUCUGCACUAGCAGUUAAGCCCCAGGCUGCUCUGCCUGCAUCCCUGCUGCCGCUGCUGGGCCUCACUGCUGCCCUCUCCAUGGACUGCCCUUUCACCUGGGCUCAGUUCUGUGACAGUGGUUACAUUUUUCUUUGAGAAGCCAUCAAAGUAGCAAGCACAGAAGAUGUCAGAAGCCCGUGUACUGAUAGGGAAGCAGAUAUAAGCAUAUAUAAUGAAGGAGAAAACGGUUUUGCACUGAAUACUUUGAAAAAACAAUGGAAAGGACCAGAUGACACCCUCCUAGACAUGCUUUAUGACAUAGACAAUGUGAAUUUCAAGUGGUUUGCUAUUCCAAAUAAAAGGAAAUAUUUAUCAAAUAAUCACAUUUUAGUAUCAGCUCUGGUAAUUGUUUGCACAGUAAUUUUGACCAUUUUCAGAGUAAUCAUUUAAUUCCUGUACAAAAUAAACUGAUUCUGGGUCUGACAGCAUUUUCAACUGCCCCAAUCACCUUGUGACAAUGACUGCGCUUUGGUAGGCAAAGAAAAUGAAUAUGCUGUUCGAUUUGGCUAA